AUGAGCGCUUCAGUAUCUAUUCACAGCGUCGUGAGACAUAAUAAAUGCAAGAAUCCUCACCACCGUGGAUUUCCAACGUUUUCCCCGGAAAUGUUCCACACGUCGAACGCGAGACCUGGCAAACGACAAAAAAUACGAGAAAAAGCUGGAAGGAAGGCGAAGAGAGUAAAUAAUGGAAAGCCCUCUAAAUUCCCUCCAGCGUUUAGAGCAAGCCAGGCUCGAAAGCGUAUGACGCUGUUCGGAGGAACGGAUGCAACAGCUGACGGCUAUAGCGGUAAUGCGUUACAGUAUUAUGGAGCUUAG